AUGGAUUUCGUUAUUCAACAAAUUAAGAGAAUUAGAGUAGCCAUAAAGAUGUUGACUGUGAUCAUCUUCAUGGGGUACCUUAUGAUAUGGAUAAUGAUGCCUACAAACGAAUUCUGGCUGCACUGGCUUCCACAUAUCCAUGCUAAAACAGACUCCACAUUCUUAGGCCAAAAAGGAGCUAAUAUUCUUAUCUACACUUUCCCCAUCUUGCUUAUUGCUAUAUUGGGAUGUCUGUAUCUCCAUUUGGACAAGUAUGGUGAUGAUACUGAUAACAGAAGAAGAGAAGAUCAAUACUUUGCCUCUUGGAAACAACCUCUACUUGUAAGGGGCCCUCUUGGAGUCAUCUCUUGCACAGAACUACUAUUCAUGCUGAUGUUCGUUGUGCUCUUGGUAUGGUCAUUUUCUGCAUACCUACAUGGUAUGUUCAACAACAUCACUAGAGAAUCUGCUUCAAAGAUGGGAGAUGCCGUGUGGGAGGUUAGGCUGGAGAGUGUAGCUCUCCUGCUAGGCCUCGUAGGCAACAUAUGUCUGUCGUUCCUCUUCUUCCCAGUGGCACGAGGAUCACCAAUCGUUCGCCUUGUUGGACUCACCUCAGAGUCCUCAAUCAAGUAUCACAUUUGGCUUGGCCACACUGUUCUAACUCUCUUCCUCUCACAUGGUCUGUGUUACGUUGUUUUCUGGGCUAAUACUGACCAGAUCUCUGAGAUGCGGAAGUGGAAUAGAACAGGAAUUUCAAAUGUGGCUGGAGAAGUAGCCCUUCUCUGUGGAACAGUCAUGUGGAUUGCAAGCAUCUCUCAUGUCAGGCGAAAACUGUUUGAGCUGUUCUUCUACACUCAUCAUUUAUACAUUGUUUUUUUAGUCUUCUUCGUUUUACAUGUGGGAUUCGUGUAUUCUUGCAUCAUGCUCCCUGGAUUGUACCUGUUCUUGGUCGACCGGUUUCUGAGAUUCUUGCAAUCCCAACAGAAGAUUCAUGUCAUCUCUGCUCGUGUUCUACCUUGCCGGGCUAUGGAACUGAACUUUGCGAAAGAUCCAAGGCUAAAUUAUACUCCAUCAAGCGUUAUGUUCAUCAAUGUGAAGAGCAUAUCAAAACUACAAUGGCAUCCGUUCACUAUAACCUCAAACAAGAAUACUGAUCCCAACCAGCUCAGCAUUGUCAUCAAAUGUGAAGGAAGCUGGUCUCAGAAGCUCCACUCGAAGCUCUCAUCCCCGUGUCAAUUGGGUGAUCUACAAGUAUCCGUGGAAGGACCCUACGCACCUCCAUACACUUCAUUUCUAAGGCAUGAGAUGCUAGUGUUGGUGAGUGGAGGAAGUGGCAUAACACCUUUCAUAUCCAUCAUUAGGGAACUCAUUUUCCUCUCAAAUGCACGUGAAAAGACCCCUCGAGUUCUCCUUGUGGCUGUGUUCAAGAAGUCUGCAGAUGUCGGUAUGCUGAAUCUACUCCUGCCGCUGUCUGGAACUCCCUGUGAUGUUGCAUGCCUUCAGCUGCACAUUCAAGCUUAUGUCACUAGGGAUACGAGUCCCUCCACAAACAGCCAGACACUCCCCAUAAACAUUUGGUCCGAACCAAGUGUAUCAGGGGCAACACCAGUUACUGGAGUCUUGGGCUCAAGCAGCUGGCUGUGGCUCGGAGCUAUUAUCUCAGCAUCCUUUGUUGUUUUUCUUAUUAUUUUAAGCCUUGUAAACCUAGUGUCCAUGGAUGUAGUUUACUCUCAAGCUGUAAGAUCUUUGAUCAGCACUCUGUUUUUGUGUGUGGCUGUGGCAACUGUUGCCACCAUAGCUUUUCUUUGGAACAAGAAACAUAACACUAAAGAGUGCAGACAGAUUGAAAGUGCCACCAUACCAUCUCCAACUGAGAGAGAAUUAGAAAGCAUCCCAGAAGAGUCUUUGAAGCAAAUCACCACAGUGCAUUAUGGCACAAGGCCUGAUUUCAAGAAAAUACUAUCCAAGUGUGACGGGCAAGACAUCGGUGUUUUCGUCAGCAGCUCACAGAAGAUGAAACAAGAUGUUGCUGCAAUAUGCUCAUCUGAUUCAACCAAACGCCUACAUUAUCAAUCUUUCAGCUUCAACUGGUAACUAAUUACCAGCAAAUAUGUGCUUCAAAUUUAUACACCGCCUUUUUAAUCGAAUUACUACUAUUUACAAAAGAGAAAGAUUCGUCAGCCCAGAAACGAACAUUAUGAAAGCCUAGUUUAUUAAAAUGCAAAAGAGAAGACUAUUUGCCACGGCAAAAAGGCCAUUUACCUUCGGCAAACGAAAAAAAGGAACAUUGUGCCCAAAGCUAUUUACUUCCAAAGGAUGUACAAUGAAAAAUCAAACGAGGGCCUUACCAAAAUAUUAAAACAAUAAAAAUAAUCAGCAAAAAUUAAGACUAACUCUGGGGCUAUAAAAGAGGGAAAAAUUCAAACUGGUAUGGAAUUCCUACCUACCUAACAACAGCCACCAACCUCAAGAGGAAAUCCCCAAUCCUAGGGUCAUUUCUCUUCUUCGUUGAUGAUGCACUCCGCUAAACUCUACCAAAGAAAAUACGUCGUCAAGUCAGAUUUUAAAUGAUGCUUUCUUAUCCUCUCUCUCACCCUGCUGCUGCUGGUGGCUCUUAGGCACAUCCCCAUCACCCUCCUCAUUAUUCAACUUCUUCACCUCAAAAUCAUAACCACCUACAUUGUGCCGGAAACGCCUCAUGAUUGCACCAUCACCCGGAUGCACCACUCGGUGACUUAUCUCCCCACUAUCAUCACGCCAUCUAUCACUGUAGUUUGGUUCCAAUUUGCAUUCCCGACCAUCGUUGGCCAUGAAAGAGAAUCUCCCAGGCCGCGUCAUAGGUCUGAAGUACUUGUCUGACUUCAUUCUCCCCGAAGACCCGACAGCAUCAAGCGUUUGAGUACGCCUGAACUCUCUCACAGGUGGUGAUCUUCUCCGUCUUAAAUAGUUAGAAUCUGCAAAAUUACGCUCCUCAACCCAACGGCAGCUCCUUUGAGGAGAGAAAUGACCUCUUGGCGGGGAUAUGUAACCCUCUCCAUACUCAGUUGCAAACGAAGACUUUGAGAAAGGCAUCCUCAUUCUUUCCAUCCUAGCCUCUGACCUAAAAUCAGGAGACCUGCUGAUUCUUCUAGCGCCCAAAAUACAUUCUCUUUGCUGAUGCCAUGCCCUGGGCGAACGGGUUCUGGAUCUUGACCGAGAUCUCUUCCGGGACAUGGCCAUGUGCGUCUGUCUACCAGAGCUUGGGGAGAAACUGUGUUCUCUUCUUGAUAUAUAGCGCGGCAUGCGAACAGAUGCACCAGCAACCUCAGGCAGAGGUUCAAACUCUUCAGCAAAAUCUCUACCCGGACGCUGAGAAUAAUGUCCUCUGCCUCUAAAGUUACUCAGUCCCUGUGUUAGUGGCACUCUUCUA